AUGGCCGCAGCCACCCCAACUCAAAACCAUAGCCGCAUCAUCUCCUUUCUUCAACCAUCACCAUAUAAAACCCUCAUCAAUGCCAUCACCAUACGAAACCCUCCCUCAUCAAUGCCAUCACCACAUCACCAUUUUCACCUCCGCCUUCGCAACCUUAGACCACCACUAUCUUCGACGCAAUCACUUCACCGACGUCGCCUUUUCAACUUAAACUUGAUGCAAAAUUGCACAGAAAUAUUAAUGAUACUACUCUUGAAUACUCAAAUUGACGGCAACAAGAUUCGAAUAAACGUUUCAGAGUUUACGGAAUCAUCUCGUUUCAUCUACGGCCGGAGUAAUAAAGGCAUCACGUUCGGUUUUAUCAGCUCAACAGCGACGAAGAGGUAG